CCAUUUCAUCAUCAAUGGAGUCCUUCAAUGCCAUGAACAACGACGGAGGAGAAGACAUUAAUUCAUCUUCUCGCUCUAUCGACGACCAUGCCUCGAGCAUCGGAGCCUACAGUUCCUCAUCUUUCCCUCCUCCACAAGCUUUCCCUUACGGUGAUCUCACCGCCGAUACUGCUACGUACAUCGCUCACAACCACAGUCGCAGUCACAGUCAAAACCUUGGGUAUAUCGUCACUGACAAUAACAACAUUGAUAAUAACAUCGACAAUCAUAACGACCCACCUUCCCCGGACGUUUAUGGGUUCGGAUUGUCGGCGUCCAACGCUGAGUUCAUGACCCCAUUUGGAGGGUCCGCGAUGGAUGGUAGUGGAAUUCCUGGUGGCGGUGGUGGUCGUGGUCAUGAUGUUGAUGACGAUGACGAUGGUAUUUUCGCCUCUGAAGGGCCGCUGUUGCCUCCACCUGAGCAGAUGCAAGAGGAAAACUUCGCGCGACGGGAAUGGAGACGCUUAAACGCCAUUCAUCUGGAGGAGAAGGGGAAACGAGAGAAGGAGAUGCGGGAUAAGAUAAUCGCCGAAGCAGAUGAGUAUAAACGAUCGUUUUACGAGAAAAGGAAUCAGAAUUGUGAAACCAAUAAGGCUAACAACCGAGGAAGAGAGAAGCUAUACUUAGCUAAUCAAGAGAAGUUCCACAAAGAAGCUCACCUGCAUUACUGGAAAGCAAUAGCCGAGAUCAUUCCUCGAGAGGUGGCGAAUAUUGAGAAGAAGAGAGGAAGGAAAGACAAAGACUCAGAUAAAACUCCAUCGGCGUCGGUGAUUCAUGGUCCGAAGCCGGGGAAACCUACUGAUCUUUCGAGAAUGAGGCAGAUUUUCGUUAAGCUUAAACAGAAUCCUCCACCCCAUAUGAUCCCUCCACCCAAAGAUGGCAAAGACGGAAAGGAAAAUAAAGAGGAAAAGGAAAGCAAGGACGCCAAGAAUGGGAAAUUAGGUUCAAAAGCAGCAGAUUCUGCUGGAGAAAAUAAACCCGCUUCACUAGGGAAGGAUGCUGUUGCUGCUAAUGGUGGUACUGGACAACCAAACCCGGAGACUUCAGCUCCGCCCGAGGCUGAUAACAGAGAGAAACCCAAUCCUCCUGAUGCUUCCAAGUGAUGCCAAAACUUAGUUUCCCCA